CAAACAGGCUACAUGUUCUCACCAGUGACUUCGCCGUCACUACUUCCCCACAGUCAGAUUUACAAGUCUCGUCAAACCCCUCACCCAUGUCCGCCUCAUCCGACGCUGACGCUGCACUCCUACGGGCGGCUUCGACCUCUCCGAUUGACGUCAGUGCCCUCCGCUCCGCGCUGGCGGCCGGUGCCAACCCCGACGCCCGUGACACCACGCAGCGCACGCCGCUCCUCCUCGCCUCGCUAGCCGAUGACGUUCCAGCCGCAAAAGUGCUUCUAGAGGCCGGUGCCUCACCCAAUGCAAUGGACGACCUGCGCCAAACGCCCUGGCUGGUGACGGGCGUAACGGGCUCCGUCGCGAUGCUCGAGGCCAUCCUCCCAUACGACCCGGACAUGAACCUGCGCAACCGGUACGGCGGAAUCAGUGUGAUCCCCGCGAGCGAGCGGAGACAUGUCGAGUAUGUCCGCCGCGUCGUCCAGACGGGCAUCAAAGUCAACCACGUCAACCAUCUUGGAUGGACGGCGCUGCUCGAGGCUGUCAUUCUCGGCGACGGCGGGCACAAGCAUGUCGAGAUUGUCAAGAUUUUGCUCGAGGCGGGUGCAGACCUGGGAAUCAGGGAUAAAGACGGAGUGAGCGCGCUCAAGCACGCGCGGGAACGAGGAUACGCGGAGAUGGUGCGCGUCCUGGAGGGUGCUGGAGCGCCAGAGUAGAGUAUCAGCACGAUAUCGCAUUACUUUCGCUGCAUGCACAGAGCAAUGUACCCCCCCGC